CACCACCCACCACUACAAAAGAAACCCCUCUUUCCGUCUCAUUUUCUUCUUCUUCUUCUUCUUCUCUAUCAUCUCUUCCGUAUCUGUCUGCACUGCAGUCUCCAUUCUCUCUCUCUCUCUCUCUCUCAAGAAAUUUCCUCUUAAUCAAAACUGGCUAUAGAUGGUAAAGAGUCCACUUUCAGAGAAAUUGUGCCCAAAGAUCAAAGAGUCAUGGGUGUUGAUGAAGAAGUUGAUGAUAAGGAAUGGCCAUCUUGGCUGAGGCCACUUCUCCGGACAAGCUUCUUUGGUCAAUGCUCGGUCCACGCCAAUGCUCACAAGAGUGAAUGCAAUAUGUAUUGCCUUGACUGCAUGAAUGGAGCCCUCUGUUCUCUCUGUCUUCUUACCUUUCACACACACCACCGUGCCAUUCAGAUAAGGAGAUCCUCAUACCAUGAUGUGAUCAGAGUUUCUGAAAUUCAAAAGUUUUUGGACAUAGCAGGGGUUCAGACCUAUAUCAUCAACAGUGCCAAAAUCGUCUUUCUGAAUGAACGGCCUCAGCCAAGGCCUGGUAAAGGCGUCACCAACACCUGCCAGGUCUGUCAGCGUAGCCUCCUUGAUUCCUUCAGUUACUGCUCUCUUGGUUGCAAGAUAGUUGGGACAUCAAAUAAUUUUAAAAAGAAGAGGAUGUGCAUGGGCAUGGGUGGCUCAGACUCGGAGGAGUCGAUGAAUAUUGGCGUUGGGUCUGGACGUGUUAAGGAUAGAAUUCGGAACUUUACACCAUCAACGCCGCCUCAAGCUGCCGUGAAUUACAGAAGUGCCAAGAGGAGGAAGGGAGUUCCCCACAGGGCUCCAAUGGGAGGACUUACCCUACAAUACUGGUAGAGUACGUAAUUAAGUAGUACAAUUUGGCUGCUGCUUCUCUCUGUUUCAACUAUUCUACACACAGCCGGCCGGUUUGGAAAAUCAAGACAUGAAGUUGUCUCUUGUACAUAGAAAGAUGCAAUAGAGUACCCGUAUAUAUACAGAUCAAUAUAAUUAAGAAGAAGAGAUGGGAGUAAAAAAUAAGAUCAAAUGGUGUAAAAUUUAGGUGUAUAAUUAAAGUAAAUUAUACAGAAAUAUCAAAGAGGUUGCUGGAGGGGUUAGAGGUUUUAAAUGCAAAUAUGUAGUUAUGACUAGAUAUACAUAUUGAUAAAUAAAUGGUGAGAGAGAUUGGGGGGAGAAUAGUUUGUAGGUAGCUUAAUUAGCUACUUAAUUGGAGCUGUGAAACAAAUUAAUAUGUCUGUAUAUAUGAUGAUGCAUGGUUGCAAUCCUUAAGAACAAUGUAAAAUGUAUCUUUGCGAACGUAUCUUUAUGAUCUGUUGU